AUGGAAAUACCGAUAUUAUCUCAACAACCAUGUUCACAGUGUAAAGAACGUGAAGCAGAACGGUUGGCUGCAGCUAAUGAUACUAAAAGAGCUUUGCGAGAACUUGAAGAAAAACUCAUAGCUCAAUUUAAAGAAGAGAAAGCUACCGCUUUACAUUCAGCUCUUGAACAAGCUCAAGCCAGUGCUCGUGAGGCUAUUGAACAUGAACGUAAAUUAGCUCAUGAUACUUUGGAAGCUGCUGAGGCAAGAUUUGCAGAAGUUAUUGUUCAGACUAAACGUCGACAGUGGUGUCGUAAUUGUCUUAUAGAGGCUAUCUAUCAUUGUUGUUGGAAUACUUCGUACUGUAGUACACAAUGCCAACAGGAACAUUGGCAAAAAGAACAUAAACGUCAGUGUCGUAGAAAACGAUGA